AUGGACUUCAGUUCGAUGAUCCACGCCUACCACAAGUUCAUGGCUGAUCGCGCUACCUCCAGCACCACCGUGCGCAGCAGCAGCAACAACAACCAGCACGACCCCCCUCCCCCAGCCUACUCAGCCCUCACCUCAAACCUCACCACGGCCGCCUCGCCAGCAGACCUCGACAUGGCCUCCGACACCUCCAGCGAAGUCGACGACGACGAUGCCAACACCGCCGCCGCGACGUCGACCGGCCAAACCCUCACCAUCGACACCUCCACCGCCAUCCACGGCUUCAACAACAUCAUCGCCGUGCCCCCCAUCGACGGCCCGCGCCUGACCACCAUCCUGCUCUCCCUCCUGCACGGCACCCUCCCAACCCAGGUCCAAGCCCAACAGCAGCAGCAACAAGCAGCUCACGGCCCUCCCCACCAGAACUACUACCUCCCCAUCAUCCCCAGCGCCCUUGACGCCAAGAACAACAGAAAACACCCGCCCCUCACCAUCCGCAUCGACUGCGGCACGCGCAUCAUCGGCGACAAGAACGUCAUCGGCAGCGGCGGCCUGCCGCGUCCCGCCGCCGCAGCAGCUCCGCAGACGCCGCAGCAGCAGCAGCAGAGCGGUGGCAGCGCGAUGCCGACGCCGCCGCAGACUCCGCCGCCCGCGGUCUCGGCUGACGGUGGCGAGGGGGGAGUUGGCGCGACGAAGAAGAGGAAGGCGGAGGUCGAUGAGGUUGAGUUUGAGUUUGAGGCGGGGAGUGGUGGUGGUGGUGUUGGUGGUCGGGAGGUGAAGAGGGAGAGGGUCGGCGGUGAUGCAGAGGGGAGGAGGGUGUGA